ACUACAAAGCUUCCUGUCGCAGCUGGCGUGCUAGCUGUUUCUGGAAGACAGCGCUACGGUUUUGUUGUCUGAAAAUUAAACUUCUAGAAGGAGAUUUGGUUUCAAGCGUGUCCGCAGAAGUCGGGGAAGCUUUGACCGUCUGUCUGACUUUGUUCUUCGGUUGUUAUACAUUGGGAAGCCUUAAUCCCGGCGUGAUAUUGUUGUUAGCUUAGAGGAGCUAACUUGUCCAGCUGCCUCAGCGCUGUAUGUGCGGCAACAACAUGUCAGCUCCUUUACCUGCCAUCGUGCCUGCUGCCAGGAAAGCCACCGCGGCGGUCAUAUUUCUGCAUGGCCUCGGUGACACGGGGCAUGGCUGGGCAGAGGCUUUUGCAGGCAUCAGGAUACCACAUGUGAAAUACAUCUGUCCUCACUCCCCCACUAUGCCUGUUUCUUUAAACAUGAGGAUGUCCAUGCCUUCUUGGUUCGAUAUUUAUGGGCUGAGUCCAGACGCAGACGAAGAUGAGGCUGGCAUCAAGAGAGCAUCAGAGAACAUCAAAGCCUUGAUAGAUCAAGAAGUGAAGAAUGGAAUACCUUCACACAGAAUUAUCCUGGGUGGAUUUUCUCAGGGUGGAGCAUUGUCUCUUUACACAGCUUUGACAACUCAGCAGAAGCUCGCUGGCGUGGUCGCUCUAAGCUGCUGGCUUCCCCUCCGCAAAUCCUUCCCUCAGGCGGCUACUAACGGCGCCAACAAGGACAUGCAUGUCCUGCAGUGCCACGGGGAUGCCGACCCCCUGGUCCCGUUCACAUUCGGCACCCAGACGGCAGAGAAGCUGAAAGCUCUCAUCAACCCUGUAAAUAUCACCUUCAAGCCGUAUCGAGGUCUGCCUCACAGUGCCUGUCCUGAGGAAAUGAUCGAUAUCAAGAGGUUUAUAGAGAGGCAGCUUCCUGCUAUCAGCAACGAAUGAACAAAGAAUAAUCACCUGCUCACUUUUAUCCGAGUCCGUGGACCUCGACGUCAGCAAGGCGAGGUGGACUCAGGAGUUACGUGACAGUAAACCCACGCUGCUACUUUAUAGAUUCCGAAAGACUGGAGCCGUUAGCCUGAAGGGCGCGAUUGAAACAUUGCUGCGUUCGACCUGGAGCCACAUUCUGCUCUCAGUGUUACUGUAGGCGAACUUUAGCUGCUUGAUUGUAAAGCCUGUUCCACUGAGACAAGCCAUUUUUGCAGGACUUGUAUGUAUUAUAAUAAUCAGGGCUAUAAUUUCUGCCUUCUCACAAUAAAUGGCAUGUUAAUAGUUAGUAGUGUUUAAAUAAGUUUAUUUGUUAGUGUAUUGCCCAUUUAAUUAAGAAGUUCAGCUUUCAGCUACCAAAAUGUGCUUUAUUUCUGAAUUUUUGCUUUAAAAAAAUAUUAGAAUUUCGUUUUUAAUUGCUCUUUUUUUUUUUUUUGCCCAAGUUUAAUGGAAAGGUAGGAUAAUGAUAGAAAAUAUUUGUAAUUCCUGUAAACGAGUGCAAAAAAUAUUACUCAUGUUAAAUAAGGUGGUAAAUCUCCUAAUAUUCAUGAGAAAUGACAGCAAAAAAACGUGAUUGUGCUUUAUUUAAUUUGUGAGAAUUCAAAUAGCUAUUUCACACAUUUUUUUGUUUUUAAUAC